AUGGGUUAUCUGGACCUUGGCGACUCGUACUAUGUCGCCCAAAAAAUCAACUGCAGCGAGGUACUUGGCCUGCUGCCGGCUAGCCAGACCUCCCUCAGUUCGUGCAUCCACGUCUACGUCCCCGAUCGCCCACAAGAGUCCCAGCCUGCAUCCAUGUACAAAUAUCCUGCCCGCAGCCGUCCGACCCAAACCCAGCACUUGAGCCUGGAGCGACGCAGCAAGCACCGCCCGGUCUCCUCACCUGCUCUUGCGCAUUCCUCGUCCAAUCCGACAAUGGCCACAGCCCGCGAACGCUCUGCUACUGCUGCUGCCGCUGCUGCCGCCGCCGCUGCUGGCUUCUCCGGCGCCGAUGGCGGUGGUAUGCGCUCAAGGUCGCUGUCGCUCGAGAGUCCUCUCAUCCAGCGAGGCCACAGCAGCAGCUCGGUCGGCAGCUCGGUCGGCAGCUCGGUCGGCAGCUCCACAGCCUCCGCGUAUCAUUGUGCUGCCGCUUCCGUCUCCGCCACAACCUGUUCCUCGGCUGUGGCCCAUCCAACCUCCGCCCCACGCUCGCCUGUGUCUCCUUCCUCGGCGUAUUCGGCCAGCGAGCCCUUCCCGGUUGAGCUCCUCUACCGACCGCACUCGGCCUGCAAUGGCCGAGAGCUCGCCGCCAUGUGUCUCGAUCGUGGCCAUGCCGAUGGUCUACCCCGCCGCUAUCCCUUCGAUGUCGAGCGCCAGCUCUAUCGGCGCUCGUUCAUGAAGCUGACCGAGGUCGGGCGGCCCCUGCACCAUCGCGCCGUCAUCACCUCCUUCAUGCUCUACAUGUUCAUCAUCCACGCCGGUAUCGAGGUUGGCGAGUGGCCUGCCGAAAUCCUGGACACUCGCACCUUCUACCCUUGCCCUCGCACCGCCAGCAACGGCCACCCCAUCCUUCCCAAGGCCAGACAGAGGAGCACCCCCCGGCGGCAUCCCUUCCGGAAGCGCCCGUCGCCUCUGCGGAAUGUCAGUGUCGGCCUUGACCUCAACCAUGACUUUGACCUCGAUCGCGAUGCCGCCGCCGGCGUUGCGACCCCGUCCAAGAACGGCACCGGCUUGCCGAGCCAGGACAACUGGAGCCCGAUCGAGUUCAUUACCGACUUUUACGACUUUCCGGACCGACCGUUGUCGCCACUGCCAACCGAGAUCGACGCCGAGCACAACGCCUACGGCCUGCCGCCGCUGUCAUUCUCCUUCGCCGAUCUCCCGUCCAGCCCCGCCAUGCACCACCUCCCGACCAGUCCGACCAGUCCGACCAGCCCAACCCAUCCGCUCGCCUCAUCGCCUGGUCUCAAGCGCCUGCUUCCUCGGUCGACCCACUUCCGCCACGUCUUUCUGGACGAGCCCGCGACCAAAGGCAGCGGCCAGCGUGGCAAGUCCUCGGCCGUCGAUAAACGAUUCUCCUUGGACUCCAAGUUGUCGAGCUCCACAAAGUCCUCAAAGUCGUCCUCCGCCGCGGCCGACUCGGCUUGCCGGGGUCAAAAGAUCAAGGACAUCAAAAACGAGACGCGGCAGAAGCUCCAUCGGAUCAGCAUGAAGUUCAACUCGUUUUGGACGGGGUCCAAAUCCCUCAAGGUCUCGGCGUAG